UCUCUGAACUCCCGGCCAGCAGCGAUGUCCUUCAGCAGGAGGAACUGGUCCGAUCUCUCCAGCCUGGCCAGGCAGAGGACCCUGGAGGAUGAGGAAGAGCAGCAAAGAGAGCGCCGCCGAAGGCACCGGAACCUGCUGUCAUCCACCUCCACGGAGGAGGAACCUGCCAGCCCUGCCAAGGACACCAGCCCAGCCUCCAGCAGACCUUCGUCCCUGGUGAAGCCGCAGUCCCCGGAGGACGGGGAGGAGCAAAAGCUCUCAGAGGUGCUGAAGACACAGGAGGGGAGAAGGACGAGGUGCCUCCCAGCCGUGUCCGAAAAGCUGCGGCAGGAGAAGGAGCAGAAGGAGGCGGGGGCGGCAGAGAGCGGCCCGCAGACAGAGGCACAGCCCCGCGGGAGGCAGCAGAGCGGCCGCGCUGCGGAGGAGGCGCCCGGGGGCAGGGGGGACCCGGCCCGGGACAGGAACCCGGAGCCAGCCCCCGAGAGGAAGGUGGUGCUGAGGGCACGGCUCCAGGACACAGACCAGGGAGUGCAGGCUGCUCGGGGGGAGAAGAGGAAGGAGGCAAAGGAGCCACCAGAGGUGGGGAGCUGCCGGCUCCGGGAGGUGAAGAUCCUCACCAGGGUGGGGAACCGCAGCGCAGAAGAGAAAACCUCAGCGGUGGCCUCGCCUCCAGAGCAGCAGCAGCCAUCCAGGAACCCCUCAAAGCAGGUAAUCCAGCUGUCCCCUCCCCAAGAUGAAGCUGAAGAAAAGCCAGAGCCUUCUCCAACCCACGUCACCUCCAUCCGAAGGGCCAGCCCCAGAACCGUCUCCUUCAGGAUCAUCUCCAAGAAGCAGAAAGAAGAGAGCCAAAGCCCUCUCACAAGGAGUGCGAGUCUGAGGAUCCCAGGCAGCAACAGCACCAUUGGGGAGAAGCUGGAAAAGUACAACUCAGCUGUGCAGCGCUCGGAGGGGGUGAAAUCCUCCAUGCCGGCCCAGAAGGGCCGCCUGCUCUCCUCGGAGGGGGUGGCGAGCAAGCGCAACUUCUUCGAGCGCAGCGCCCCGGCCAAGGCCGAGCCGGCGGCUCCCAGGAAGGACAGCCUCAAGAUCCCGGGGUCGGUGACAUCCCGCAUUAAUCUGUGGAUCAGCCGAGCUCAGGAGCCUGCCAAGGAGGAGAAUGGCAAGGAAAUCCGGAGAAUCAACAGCCUGGCAAAGCGAGAUGUCUGGAUAAAGCAGCCUGGAGACACCUCUGGAGACACCAAGUUGCAGUAACACCAGCUGUGCUACCAGACCAUCUGGGAAAAACU